AUGGCGGCGGCGCUGGGGCUGCGGCGGAGCGGUGGCCGCGCCUCAGUCCCGCUGUUGAGGUUUCCGCUGCUGAGCGCGGCCCUGGGGCUCCCGGUUUGCAGGUGGAAAUCAUCAGUCAGUUUUCUUACUCGACCAGAUCGACCGAAUCUAGCCUACCGUAAGCUGAAAGGCAGGAAUCCAGGGGUUAUUUUCCUUCCAGGCUUGCAGUCAAAUAUGAAUGGUCAGAAAGCAACUGCUCUUGAAGAUUUCUGCAGCUGUCUAGGUCAUGCCUUCAUCAGGUUUGAUUAUACAGGAUGUGGAAGUUCACAGGGGAACUUUGAGGAGUGUACGAUUGGGAAAUGGAGAAAAGAUGUUCUGUCUAUACUGGAUGAACUUACAGAUGGACCACAGAUUCUAGUGGGCUCCAGCUUAGGAGGAUGGCUGAUGCUUCAUGCUGCAAUAGCACGCCCAGAUAAAGUCGCUGCUCUAGUUGGAGUAGCUGUAGCAGCAGACCAUCUUGUGACUGCCUUUAAGAGGCUUCCCAUUGAGGUACAAAAAGAAAUAGAAGAGAAAGGUGUGUGGAAGUUUCCAACAAAGCAUAACGAGGAAGGAUAUUACUCCUUGACCUACGACUUCAUUAAAGAAGCAGAAAAUCACUGUCUGCUCAAUAGCCCUAUCCCUAUAAUGUGUCCCAUCCGUCUUAUUCACGGCAUGAAGGAUGGGGACGUCCCUUGGCAGAUCUCUAUGCAGGUUGCUGAUCGUGUUCUGAGCAAAGAUGUGGAUGUCAUCCUCCGCAAAGCCGGCCAACAUCGAAUGAGUGGGAAGGAAGACACAAAACUUCUUGUGAAUACCGUUGAUGAUUUAAUUGACAAGUUGGCAAUGCUAACAUAAUCUGCAGAGCAGCACGAAUAGAUGAAGCCUACACCUGACUCUUUUCCAUCAGUAGCAGAAACCCUGUUCUCACUGAGAUUAUUCUAGUGGCGUGACUAUCACAGUAGGAACAGAGCUCUAUCUGCUGUUUCCUUACCUCUGUUUUGUAAAUAUAGAUAUAUUUUUUUUUAAUGCUGCAUUUGCACUGAUAGACCAAAAUGUAAGGAAGUGCUGCUGCUGGGUAUAGAACCUCUGCUUUACCUCUUAAAUCUUUUUUUUUCCACGAGCUUCCUACCCUUUUGUACUGAAAUGCUCGUUCAGUUUUGUUACUGUUGACCUUGUACAGUACAAGUUCAAUUUCCCAUGUUUUUGAUGCUGUUUCAGCACAGUUGUUUUCCUAUAAUGUUGUAUUUCAUCCAUCUGUGCAAGGCAAUGCACGAUUUAAGUGUUUACUGAAUUUGCUGAUAUUAGAAAUAGUGAACAAUAUGAAGUAAGCAGACUCUUCAUCACUGAUGGUAGUAUUCUUAAGCAGUAUUUACAUUCUAAAAUGAAAGGCACUCCCUGAUGGUGUGCUUGGGGUGAUGAAUAAGGAGUAAGUUAAUUUGGGAUUUCCUUAUAAUAUAUGAAGACAAAACUUAACAAAGAUGAAUGCCCCCACUCCUGUUGCAGAGGCUUUAAGAGCUUAAGGACAUACAGCCUUAAAGUACAGGUAGAACCCUUUUAUAUAUGCUCAUCGGAAGUCAUGCCAAGUCAUCUCUUCAUGCCUUUCAUAAAAAAUAAUAUAUGGAACUACUCUUAAGGGAAUAAUAUAUCAUCUUGGUGUUAAGUCAGCAGUUUCACAUCUUCCUUAAGUUUUGAAGCUUUACAACCUCUUGAAGACAUACUUUUGAGGAAAAUGAACAAAGACAACAUGCAGAUUGCUCAGCCCUUUCCACUCCUGAAGGCUCAGUGUGUUUGUGUAUUGUUAAACACUUACCGUCUAUGUGUAGCCAUGGGACACUUGCACAUAAUAAAACCUGAAAAGUUUUGUGAGUUAUAAAGAUAUAGGGAAAUCACAAGUUAAUUAAAAACUUUCUGCUUGUAGAUCACCCAUGAUAAUUUUUAAAGGUAUUUCCGUCACAUCUUUUGGAUUGCUUUGCCUCCUAAGAAAAAGUUGAAAAAGGUGCAGUGCAGGAAUUCAGGAAUAGUUAAUAUCAAUUAAGGCAAUUAUGAUAGAUGCCUUUUAGGGUUUUUUUUUGUUUGGUUUGGUUUUUAAUUGAGGCUCAUGCCUAUAAACAUUCAGUUCAACUGUAGCAGUUCAGACAGGGAAAUAUGUUUAUAUGUGUGCAUAAUCUGGAGCUGUGUAACUCUCUCGAAAGAAUUACACUGUAUUCUUCCAAAGCUUCACCACAGUGUUUAUUUAAUUAUUCAUAUUUCAUGGGUAAGGUCGUCUUGUUGCAGUGCCUUUGAGCAAGACAGUGGAAAACAGAUGUGAGGGGAACAGUUGUGUGAGUGGUUUGGAGAGUGGGUUUUUGUCUCCCCACUGUUGUAACAGCGUUCAGGUGAGAGAAGGCAGGUGAGUAUAGUUGUUGAGGAUACAAAACUGCAGCAUCAGUUGCCUUAAUGUCAGCAUUACCAAAGAGUCAUGAUAGGGGUAUUUUUGUGCUAGUUGUUUGGUAGAUCUGCCUGUUUUCCUUACUUCUCUCCUUGCUGAAUGGCAGUUAGUGAUAGCAUUUACAUUACAGUUACAGCCCUCACUUGUUAUAUACGGUGUAAGUGCAAAGACAGGUUGUACUUCCUUAGUAGAGAUAUUAUUCCAGACAGUGCAUUGAGAUUCAGUGAAUACUAGUGUCCCUCUCUGUUCUCCCUUGCCACUUUAUUAACUCAGUAUGUAUUCCUGUAAAUAUGAAGAGGCAGACUUUUUGUAGGCAGAUGUGUUUUCCUCUAAAUUUACCACUGUAGCUCUGUUCUCAUUGCAGGCACAGCAUUUUCCUUGUGUUCAGGCUGGAAACUGCCAGCAUUUUGAUCACUGCCAGCUUGUGUUCAGAAUGCCAGGAAGAGGGGAUAGAUGAUAACCAAUAGGCUCCAACACGUUCUCUGUUACCAUAAUCAUGUUGUCAAAGCUGUGCUGCUAAUUGCAGUAACAGAAAGUCUGAAGGAAAACAACAUUAUGGCACAGCUUUCCCAGUGCUGAAACCAGAGAUUUACAUCGUACUGAUGGCCAGCUCUUGACCUCUCAGGAAAUCUUGACAAUCUUGAGUAACGAAAUAUUUGUAUGUUAGAGUGUUGUCAGUUUAUUUUCUAUACUAUAUUUGUCCCCAGAAUUACUGCAUGUGGCAUCUCCUUCAUCUUUGCCUUGUAGGUGUCUGGAUAAUGAAUUGUUUUCAAUGUUAGUUGUAUAAGUAUAAUAAGCAAAAAGACAAGUAUUAAUAAACUUCUGUGGAAAUAUUAUAUUAAACUAGGGUACCACAUGUUUGGAAAGAGGUAUAAAUUAUUAGAAUUUUUUUGUAAUGAAUUGUUAGCCUCUGUUUGUUUUUUUGCAUACAUCUAAUUUGCUGCCAAGUAUAAAGUGUAUUUUAUGAAUAUGUAACAUGCACAUUUAAACAGUAUUUUGUGUUUUCUGAUUUACCAGUACAAGCAGCUCUAUCUUGUGGCUCUUGGAGGAUUGUUUUUUUCUGAGUACCUUCAUCUAUCUUUAGUUAUUUUUGCUAAGUACUCGUAAUUUAAGUUGUUGGUAAGCGUCUUCAUUAUCCUUCACUUUUGGCAGGUCUGAAAACGACUUCUGGGCUCAUCUGUCACUAAGUGUAGUACAGAUGUAGGGAGUGAUGCUGCUGCCAUGUGGAACGUGGAAGCUCUGGACACAAACAGAGCAACUCAGCAUAUUCUCUUGUUGAUUUUGAUCAAACCACCUGGGGUAUAUUUCUUCUGUGCAUAACAUCUUAAAUACUGAUCAUUAACUCCUGCCAAGGAAUCAAAUUUCAUGAGUAAGUAACAAAAAGCCUAUAUAGCAAGUCACAGAAGCUUGAUUACCAUAUAAUAUCAAAGAAGCAAGUGCUAGACAUCACCAAAAGAAACAGAAGUAUUAACCACUGACUUCAGUUGUCUCUGUCCUUAACGAUGUUUUUGUUUCCAAUUUGCUGCAAAAAUCUGUGGAACUACUUGAAUUGUGAAACACAGAUGAUGAUUCUUUCUGAAGGGAGGGAAAUGGUGGAUUCUUUUGCAUAUGUGUGUGAUUAAGCUCUGCAGUAGACCAUAAUGCACUGAAAAAGUCUAUAAAGCAUAUUAAACUGGUUUCCUAUCAA